UAUUUCUGGUUACAAAAUCGUAAACAAAGUCGAUGUUGUGCUAACUACAUCGUAGAAUAGUCGGUACCAGCAAAAAAAAGAGACAUGUAAGAGCUGAUAACUAGAAAUCUGUCAAACGAAGCCGUGCCACAUUCUUACGUCCGCCACCAAAAAUAGAUUUUGGUUACCAAAUGUGGUGGUGCAAUGAGGGGGAAGGACCGAUAUAAAAGCCACAGUGAUUCUGCGAAUCGUUACAGUUCGAUAAGGAAGAGACAUCUAUAUAACCAAAUUGAUUUGAUUGCUCAGUAGGUCGAAUUCUCGAGGAAUUCUUUUUUUUUUACGUUAAAUCAAUGGCAUUUAAAGCAAGGUCGUCUGCUGUGUCAGUUUUUGACGAAGAACUAAUGAGUGACUUCCUGCGAAAUGUUCGCAUUAUCGGCAACGAUCUUAAAAGUGGAGACAGCGAUGAGAAACAAGAGCAAGUGAUGGAAAAGAAACUUAUUAGGAAAAAUGGUAAUUUUAGCUCUACUUUGUAACUGAAGAGUUUCGCUAACACAUCGGCGAACUCAUAGUUUAAUUAAUAUUCGCUCGUUUGAAACGAUGAACAGGUAUUGCCAAUGACAAAACGAAGUAACUAGGCUAGUAAUCGUUUAAAUCUUAAUCUCUGAUCUCCUUUUCUAGCUGGUAAAAUCCUUUUAAAUUGGCUAACGGAAUUUGGUGUCUACAUUUGUGUCUUCUCAUCACCUGUUUGCAAAACAGUGAAUUAAUAUUCUAUGGAGAAAUUACUGGUCAAUCAUCUCUGAGAGUUUAAGAGUUAAUUAUUCAGACUGAAUAAUGAUUCAAGUGUGAUGAAAGAAAUGUAGUUUUAUAAUCUUUUGCUUUGGUAUCACAGAAUCAUAUGCUGGAGAGAAACUUGGAAUGAGCUGCUCCAUUUGCCAAGUAAUUUUUGACUCAGUUGAUAUUCAGGUAAUAUGAUUUGAUUUAAGAUUUUUUUGAGAACUAGUGUAUGCAAUUAUUCAUGGCCAUGAUUGGUUUUUGAUUUUAAAUGUUUCCCUUAUUUUAAAAUACAGUUAUCUGGCAUGAAAAUGCAAUAGGCUGUCAUUAAAACAAUAGAGUUCAUAGAGAAAGAUGUUUUUGUUUUGUCACAAGCAUGGGACAAAGAAAAAUUCUGAGUCUCCAUGAGGAAUUGAAUCUCAGACCUUCGGAUUCCGCGCUCUGAUGCUCUACCACUGAGCCACAUAUACUUCAUGCUAAGUGAGGUCUAUUAUGAAGGUUAUAUGACACAUGUACUGCAUACUGCUAGGAUCAGCAACAUCAGUGGUGUAAUGUUUGUAGGGUUAUGUUUGUAAUAGAGUUUAUGUUGGUCCAGGGGCAAGCAUAAAGAGAUCAUGAGCCUGACUCGGACUCAUGUUUGCAAUUUAGGUUAGAAUGACUCUGAGUGUGAACUGGGUCCAAAACAUGUUCACCCCAAACAAGAAUUGUUAUUAUUAUCAUCAGUUUGGAGGGCAUUGAGAAAAUAAAAACAGAAAAAACUGACCAUAUAACAGUCUAAAUUGCUUAAAAAAAUUAACCAUAAUUGCUUAAAAAAAUUAUACAGUUUUCACCGGUAAUUCAACUGUAGGACAUGUAUCUCAUUUUAUUUAUCCUACUUUAGCUUUUCUUCGAUUUGUUCCAACCGUAAUUAAUUAAUUUUAGCUAUAUAUUAAUGGAUAAAGAGCCUCUUGGUGGAAAUACUGUUAAUAAGAUCAUUAUUAUUUUACAUUAUUAUUAAAUUGUAACUCAAAUAGGCUAGAGCUUGAUUCACAAACUUUCAAUUGAGAGUCUAGUGAGAAAAUAAUUUUUCUCUGUGGAAAAUUGAGUGAAGUAACAACUAAUGCAAUAUACACAUUUUUUACUAGGAAAUUUUUUCUUUAUUUGGCAGAGAGAGCAUUUCAAGUUAGAUUGGCAUAGAUUUAACUUGAAGCAGAAAAUUCUAGACAAGCCUAUUAUGUCAGAGGAGGCAUUUGAGGAAACUAUUUCAGGUAUGUUAUUAUAAUUGUACAUUUAUUUCCUAAAUGGAAUUUAAUUUUCUAGUACCCAAUGUUACGCAACCAGUUUUCCACAUUUGGAUUUGUACAUGACGUUGAAUUUUUUGCAGAUUAUUAAAACCACCAUCUUGAUCUUGUCUUACUAAUCUUGUCUUUUUUUGGACCUUGGGCUAGUACACUACAACAAUUGACAUGUAUUUUUCUGGUGUUCUUCUGGGUGUCAGUGAAGGCAAUCUAAGGGCUAAUGACAUACUACUUAAAUUUUAUUUAAUUAUUGUGUCUAUGCAAUUUUAAAAGAAUCACAUCUUAAUUUGGCAUGACUGCGGCAGUGUUGUUGUUGUUUUUUUUUCAUCUUUUACGCCCUAAUAUAAUAUCAGUCUGCAUUUUCUUUAACUUGCUUUUCCAGACAUUUCUUAUGGUAUGAACAAUGAUAAUUUAUUUCACCAUUUAAGAUUUUUUUUUUAGUUGGCUAGAUAUCAUUUCCUUUAUUCUUGUGACCUCAUUGUUGGAUUCAGCAGUGAUACCUCAAUUAGAAAUUAGGUUUAGUCACUCUUUGAGCUUAACCCCUAGCUUCUAAAUUCUCCUUACAAUAUCACCCCUGAAUCAAACAAAAAGACCAUGAGAACAAAGGAAAUGAUCAGAAAGAAGCUCUUGAUUAUUAACCCUUUCACUCCCAAGAUCUAAUUAGUAAUUCUCCUUACUAUCUGCCAUACAAUUCUUAUGAUGUUAGCUCAGAGAAUUUGGUAUUGGAUCAACUAAUAAUCCCAUAAUUGAUAUUCUUCUCUAUUCUCAUCACCUGCCUGCUUGAUAUUGUAUUGAUAUUGUAAGGAGAAAUUCUGUCUUGGUCACUUGUGGGAGUGAAAGGAUUAAAAAAUUCUGAUGUUAAAGUGUAUGGGUUUAAAUAAAAUUAGGCUUAUUAAGAAUUUUUAAUCCACACACACAUAUAUAUAUAUUUUUUUUCUUUUUUUUUCACAUUUUAGGAGAGGUAUCAAGUAUUUCUGGUUCUGACAGUGAUACAGACAAUGAUGAUGGUGAUUUGAUGCUAGAAUCAAGUCAGUGCAGUAAACCGUCCAUCAACAGUCUCCUGCCUGAGCAAAAUAUUAACAGUGAGACACACACAAGUCUUAGGCGGCAACACCCAAAGGUUUUUUUUGUGAAUGGAGAUGGAGAAGUGAUGUCAGUUUAUCGCAGUGUUUUGUAUUCCAUUCAGGUAAAAUUUCAUUGUUUUUAGUGUGGCACAUUAUCAUUGUCAUUAUGGUGACAAAAUUUAUUUGUAAGGAGUUCAGCUGAGUUACUCAGCCUUUUAAACUGUAUGUGGUGCAUGGAAGCAGCAGCAUAUUAAGGGAUUUCCAGCCUGAGACUUGGUUCUUAUUUGAGAAUAGGGCAAAUACCUGGGUAGAGACAAGCCAAGUGAUCCAUAAGGUGCUAAAGCUUAUUAUUUGGUCUCUGUAGCAUGGAAUGACAAGCUAAGAAAUACUGCCACUCCCCUUGGAUGAGAUUCUAGUCCAUUGCAGCUUACCCUCCCCUUCCCCUCCCCUUCAUCAUCCCCUCCCCCUGCCCCCAGCAUUUUGUCAGGCUUUCUUGGCAGUGUGCAGGAACCCUUGAACAAUCUUGGGUGAGAGAGGCAGAGCUAGAGGUAAAUGUCUUGCCCAAGAAUACAACAUAGUGAUAGGAAAAGUGUCAAACCCAUGGUACAUAUUGACAUUGAGUCCCCUGUGUGAACUUACUAAUUUCUCACUGCCUCUCCUGCUGAACCAAUUACACUUUAACAUUGGUAUUCAUAUUCUCCACACUGAUCUCUCUUCAUUCUUGUGGUAAUGGCAAGGAGAAUUUGUUUGACAAUCAGGAGCUUCUUAAAUUAGUGAUCAUUUCCACAAUUCUUGUGACAUUUACAUUUUCUUCAAGGAUGAUACUGUAAGGAGGGUUAAAAUAGUUGAUCAAAAAGGCACAAAAUAUGCCUUGUGAAAGGAAAUGGGUCCCUGGUUAUUAUCUCUUGCUCUCCUCUAAGGAACCUCAGUGGUACAAGUGUACAGAAAAUCCAAGUUUGUGGCCUAGCAUGGCCAAAGAAUUGUUACCACUUGCUCAGUUGAAAUCAUAUCUUCUUUUUUUAUCAAUUGAAUUUAGGACAAAGUGACAUUCAAAUUAAGUUUUGUAUUUGUGUUUUGCAUUCUUCUUCAACUGCUUUGUUCCAGUUAAAUUACCAUUGAUACUUCUUAAACAAAGGGAAACACAAAUCAACUUAUUUUGAAAUUGUAUAAUCUGAAUUUUCUUUGAACUUGCAAUAAUUAUCGAUGACAUAGGUUUUCACUCUUUAGAUUUAUCUUUCUAAGAAAUGUUUUAAUUGAUUUUAAUUCAUAUUUUUUUCCUAUUUUUGUCCAAUCAGAACAUCCCAACCACUCCAGAAGACACGUUGUCACUGUUAACAAGUCUAACAAUGAAAUGUUACUGGAUUGUGUUGAUGACGGCUGGUGGCCAUUUUGCUGGAGCAGUUUUUAAAGGAAACGAAGUUUUGAUCCACAAAACAUUCCAUCGAUAUACAGUCAGAGCAAAACGAGGAACAGCGCAGGGUGCCAGAGAUUCACAGCAAGGCGGGAAGCAACCAAAGUAAGUGAAGGGUUGAUUAAUCUGAUACAAAGAGCUGAAGGAAGGUGUGACAAGUACGAGGCAAAAGUGUAAUGUGUGUUUAUGUUGUAAAAAUUGGAACGUCAACCAGUUUUCACUCUGUGGUCAGAUCUAAUACUGCUCGUUCAACUGAGCUACGCAGACCAUGUUGGUCAGAUCAGAGCCCUGUGUUCUUGCACACUUGUGGAAUUAGCCGAUGUCAUAAUCAUCCUGUUAAAGAUAGAGUCAGAGAGAUGACGGUAAAUUUUUAACGUGGCCACCAUAAUGAAGAAAGAUGCCGAAAUUUUGUCGCAAGUGUGGCACAAAAUAAAUAAAUACCUUCCCAAUGAGUGCUAGAGGAGAUAUUUUUAAUAACCGAUGUAUCUCAGUUGGCUGUGAAACUGUUUAGUUAUCGUUAAGGGGCAAGUUUAGAUUGUACAACUGUGCACUUUUUUAUUUUCUUGGAAAAAAAUGUUCGUACUGAUCGAUGAUGCAAUCAAUGGUUUAGCGAUUAUUAAUUUGUACAGUAUCAUAGUGAUAGAAUCAUGUUGGUGAAUUAUAUACCUUUUAUUUGUCCACGCACAGGUCUGCCGGGGCUAGUUUAAGGAGACAUAAUGAAGCUGCCCUCUUCCAGGUGAGUUUGUUAUACGCCUCCCCCCCCCUCCCCCCAAUCAACCUUAUCUCCCGCUCCCGAGAUCUGACUUUUAGUGUUCUCUCCACUGGCUGCUGCUACACAUUCUCUAGGUAUUCCCUUUGAUUCCUUAAGAGUGACUAGCGUCUAAUUUCUCCGUACAUUAUCACCCAGAAUCACACAUUAAGAUCACGAGAUCACGAGAAUAAAGGAAAUGAUUAUCAGCUGAAGAAGUUCUUGAUUGUUUAACAAAUUUUCCUUGUCAUGACUUCAGAAAAUGUAUUUGAACUUGUCCAAACUACAGAUGGUCCAAGAUAGUCGAUGAUUGUGCAUGAAAAUUCGUGUUCCAAUACGCGUGAUAGUUUAAACUAUCAUCAACUAUCAUGACCAAUAGAACGGGACUGUACAUUGAACUGUGCAUAAUUCUUAUAAACAGGAGGUUCAGGAUCUCCUCGAGGCGUGGUCACAGCACGUGGAAAAAUGCCACAGGAUUUUCAUUCGAACACCAGCUUAUAACAAAGCGAUGUUCUUUGGAGGAAGAAAACCACCUUUCAAGAAAGGUACGGUCCAAAGUAAGAUUUCCACUUGUGAGUGAAACGAUAUGAACAAACAAGCAACCGUUGCGACUUAUUAAAAAAUUCUCGUUACUUCUGCCAUACAAUUCUUACGAUGUGAAUUAAGAGAUUUUGGUAUUAGAUCAACUAUCAAUCCCCUAAUUAAUAUUUUUCGUUAUUCUCAUCACUUAUCUGCUUGAUAUUGUAAGAAGAAAUUCUGUCUUGGUCGCUGGUGGGAUUUAAAGGGUCAACUUCUUACUUUAGAUGAUGCGCGCAUCAGAACGAUCCCAUUCGCAACCAGAAGACCGACAUUCAACGAAGUGAAGCGAGUUCAUCAGGAGUUAUCCAGCGUGCAGUUGCUGGGUGAGACUUUUUUUUUCCCUCUUAUAAUUGAUAAGAAUUUGUCGUUGCGCAUUUGGCUCAAGACAUUUAAGGAACAAAUACUUCUUGUUAUCAUAGGGAAGGACAGUGAUGUAGAACUACAAGACCUUCUAAUGAAUUUAACUCAUAAUAAAGCAAAGGAAAAUGUACCAGCAGUUGACGAUGGCGAUAAAAUUCGUUCAUGGCAGGCAAGUCAGGCCGUCGCCAGCGACAAUGAGGUAGCAAUUGACUCUCAAGAACGAAACAUUUCACUUGAACGCAGUGAUGAAGGUCAGCCUGAUUCAGGUUCUACAACAAAAGUUCAAGAAGCGCCGAAGAAAACGAAAAAGAAGAAAGCAAAAAAUAUUAAGAAGGAGUCCAUUGAUGGGCUUCAAAAUGCAGAAGGUUAGUGUGGAGGCGUUUUAGCUCUAUUCCUACAUCGGACUCAACCCUGUAGCCUCCGGGAUUGACAACUGGCUAAUUUCUCCUUGAAUUAUAAUCCUCGGCUGAGAUAGAAAGGUCUUGAGAGUAAAGGAAACGAUCUGGUGCCAUCUAAAGAAGCUCUUGUUUGUUAACAAAAUUAUCCUUGACAGUACCACGGGAAUUCUAUGGAGAAUAGUUGGGAAAAGAUGCAUAUUGACGUUAAGGUGUAAAUGGUCAAUAUUCACCUUUUUUGCCUGGCUUACUUUUCCUUGUAUGUUAACCCUUUAACCCCUAAGAGUGACUGGCAUCUAAUUUCUCCAUACCAUAUCACUACUGAAUCUAACAUUUAGGUCAGGAGAAUUAAGGAACUGAUCACCUAUGAAAAAAGUUCUUGAUUGUAAGACAAAUUCUCCUUGUCAGAACCUUAGGAAAUGUUUAGAGAACAGUAUAGAGAGUAUGCAUACUGAUGUUUGGGUGAAAAAGGUUAAAUCGGAGAAUCCAGCGUCACAUCAUUCGAUACCCAUCCCUACUCUGGCUCAUAACUCUUUUCUUUCACUCUCUCUGCAUGGUAGUGUAUACUGACUGUGUGAAUAAAUGUUUGCCUUAAAAUCAGGGUUGUUUACAUGCUGUGAUUGAUAUAAUUUUAUAUUUUUUCUUUCAGUUUCCCCAGAGAGGCGCUCAUGGAAUCGGCUUUACUGCGCCAUUGUGUCUGCAAAUAUAGCAGUAAUAUCUUCACUUCGAGGCGGAAGUGUCCAAAGCAACGGAAAAGCUUGUAUAAACACUGAGUCAGCAAGCGUACUCCAAGGAAAAAAUGAGGGUAUGGAGGAAACUACGAAGUCUGGUGUAUUAGAAAUCGAAAUUAACGAUUCGGUAACAAGUGAGGAUGAAGGAAAUAAGACAAGUGAUGAUUUGAAAACUGACUCUAAUACUAAUAGGAGUGUAAAAUGCACGAAAACUGAUACAAUCGAGGAACUGGCAAGUUCAGGGAUUAGUAAUGAAUUUGAAGAUUCUCCAUCGCGGAACGGAGAAUUGUCCUCCGCAAGGAUUUUGGACGUUAUCAAUGAACAGUUUGGCGAAGGAGGUGACACGCUUCUUCACGUAGCAUCACGCUCGUCACGAAGGGAAAUUGUGUUGCGGCUGCUGGAGUGUGGUUCUGAUCCUGCUGUGAAGUAAGUGGCUCUAAUGAUGGACAAGUAGCGUACCCUUGAUAUGUUUUAUUAGAAGGUUGUAUGUUGGUUCUGAGAAUACCACCACUGACCAACUAGAGAGAUUAGGAUUUGUGAAGCAUCGAGAUGAUCUGAAUCAGAUCAGGGUAAACCUGAUCUGAUUAAUAAAAUAGUAGAGUUUAUGUUCGCGGGCCUAAGAUGAAUCAGCCCCUACUCAGAGUCAUUUGAGUCCGAACUAAUGGUAGAGGAUUAAAACGACUCUGAGAACAACCCAAAACACCAUUAUACGCAAGAACAUGAACUACAUUACUACUUAUCAUAACUGUGAAGAUCAUGUAUUACCAUUACCUCACUUUGAAGGGCAUUGAUAAAACAAAAACUGAAAAAAUUGCAAACAAUACAGUCCGAACAAUCACGCGAACUUGCGGUUGGGCUAAAAUGCAUAUUUGGCCGUCAAAAACUCUCUUUAAGCCCGAAAAAUGCACCACGAAGAGAUAACAAUUGCUGUGUUUAUCGUCAGGGAUGAAAAGGGGAGGACUCCAUAUGCCGUCGCCGGCGACAAAGAAACACGGAAUGAAUUCCGACGGUUUAUGGCUUGCCACCCAGAUCGUUAUGAUUAUGUUAAAGCACAGGUAUGUUUUGUGAAAAGCCCGGUGUCUUCAGUGAUUCUUUUGUUGUAUCAUGAAAGGGCAAGUCUACGCACGAGACUGUCCAACACAUGGUUGCCGAAACCUAUUCUGGCGAAUAGGAGAAUGACAGUCCAUGGCAUUUUUAUUCCAACACUCCGACAGGUUUCAAACAUGACAUUUUCGAUCACGUGGUGAGCAGUUUUGUAAAUGUUUUAAAAAAAAAACUGUUCACAUAAGAGAAGACUUCAAUUCCCCCAGGAAUGACUCGGACAUCGAUAUGGCCGCCGCCAUUCUGUUGUGUUAUAACCAAUAUGGCCGCCGUGACGUCAUGUAUGAAAACGAUUUUUCCAAUUUAAGAGUGCCUAAACGACCGAAACACAGUGACUCAGCGUAGGAUUGAACGCCUACCUCACGAUUCGCUCUCUUCUAGGCCAUUUAUUGGGGUGCACCCGACUGAUGCACCUGCCAUUUUCGUUCGUGGUUGGUUUUUAUGCUGUAUAAAAUCCUAUAACAGUUGUUGAUACCUUACCCGAAUAAGGCGUCCUAGGGAAUUUUUGUGAAAGAGAAAGAAGUUGGGUCUCUCGCUAGUUGCGAAACGACCAUCGAUAAUAUUCACAUGAUUUGUUUGAUUGUGUGGAUUACGGGGUUUUCUUAAUUCCGUUAUUUGAUGUGUUGUUUUUGUUACUUUUUUUUUGUUUUGUUUUAGAUUCCAAGUGCACUUACACCAGAAAUGGAAAGUGAAAAGGAGAAACGGAAUGCAGAAAGAAAGAAAGCGCAGAAAAAGGCGCAAAAACAGAGGGCCAAGGUAGAGCAAUGAAGAGAUCACCUGUCUUAUCCAGUAAUGGCUGUUUUGCGAUCAAGUUGUGGUUUUUAGUAAAAGAACCGUUUUUAAUCACGCGACUCUAAGGAAUAGUCGAGUGGUUUGACUAUUGACGAAAUCUAUCCUGUAUGGUUUGAAAGCUAUUAACAAGGCGAAACUUAGGAGACGUACAUAAUGUAUUGAAUAAUGGCUGAUUUAUAUUUAAAGGAACAAAAGGCUAUCGAGCGAAAGAAAGAAGAGGAGGAAAAAGAAAAGAGAGCAUAUCAAGCUUUAAGCGACCGAGAGAAGGUAGGGUUAACGAAAAAAUAAAAAGGAUUAAAAUGAACGACAUCAUUUUUAAGACUUGAGAAGUUAUGGAUGCUACUUAACCCUUUACUUCCCAUUAGAGAUAAACAUAAAACUUCUCCCUGUAAUUUCCCUUACAUUAUCCGGCAAACAGGUGAUGAGAAUACUCAAACUCAUCGGGUAGAUUUUUGUAAUCAUCAUCUAACACCAAGUUCUCAUAACUAGUUUACAAGGAAAUCUGUAACAGCUAGAGGGGAGAAUUGACAAUCAGAUCUUGGGAGUUAAUGGGUUAAGGUCAUGAGAAACGCGUGGAGGAUGGUUAAAAAUAUUUUUUUUCACAAUAACAAAUUAAGAAACAUCUUCCUUAGAUGAUCUCGACCACUAUUCAUGAUAGACAUUAAAAAAUAUUUCGUGGAAAAAGGUCAAGGAGAGUCUGAAAACAAGAAAACUGGAAAACUUAGGGUAUGGUCAACACUGAAGCACUCGUACCAAUCGGGUAUACAGCCCUCGUGUCUGGGUUGCUGUAAUAACGUGAAAUGACGUAGAAAGAGUCGCUAUCGUUUCUCUCUCCUCGUCAGACAUAAUUAAGGACCCAUUGGAUAGGGGCGGGGAAUCUAAUACUCAUCAGUUCGCUAUUCAUUAUGUUACUUUUCUUUGUUUGUAGCGGGCCCUUGCAGCCGAGAAAAGAUUCGCUCAACAACAGGCAGCCAAACAAGCAGGGAUCACCUCUAGGUGAGCUUUUUAGAAUAAGUAGUUUUGUUCCAUCCACGCUCAAAAUCUGUUGUUUACCACCAUCCAAUUCAAAUUUCACGAGUUUUCUUAAGCUCAGUGGUAAACCACCGACCGCGAAAUCGUAAAUCCUCAGGUUCAAAUCCUGUGGGUUAUUCAGAUUUAAUUACUUAAUCUUGUUUAUAGUAAAGUUCGGAUAUAACGCGCGCUUUCAUUAAUUGAAACAGCGUGCUCUGUCAGAGUAUAGAGUAUGCUUACGACACUGUUGUUCGCCUUGGAAGUAAAGUUUGUUUGAAAAUUGAAAGUAAUGCGUGGGAAAGUUAACGGAUUCUUUAUUAUAAAACAAGUAGAGAAGCCUUGACUGUGCACUGUUCUGUUGUAAAGCACUUAGGAAGCGACUAGGGCAUUCAAGAAGUGGGGACUGCGUUUCGUGUUUCUCCCCACACUUCUUUCGUGAUCUAGCCGCUUCUUGCGUGCUUUACAACAGAACAGAGCACAGUCAAGGCUUCUCUAUUUAUUACAUUGUCUUUUUUCCCCCAAAUUCAACAAAAACAACGAAAACAAUGAAUCAUCUUGCAGCUGUGCGUGGUGCAGUAAAAGUUUGGUUGGCCAAGUUCCCUUUGAGCGGCUCACGCAUAAGUACUGCUCUACAGCUUGUGUGAAGGCUCAUAGACUGGAAAUGGAAUCUCAACAAAGAUAGCAGGGCGUUGGCUGUUAACCAGCCUCUCUUAUUCCAGAAACGUUAGAAACUGAGGAUAAUCAUCUGUCAUUGCUGAUGUGUAAUUCUCGAAAGAGUUUCGCAGUGAGAAGCAAGUGUGUUGGAAUGCUAAAAUCUAGUCUCUUGGAAGGUUAUCUUGAAUAAAUUGUAUCACAAGAGUGACAUGACAAAUCAUUACAAA